AUGGUUGAUACCUCACUCCAAGACUUGGCUUUGUUCAUCGUCGCCUUCAGCCCAGCUUUGGCAUUGAUCACUGUGUGUCUCAGGGUAUGGAGCAGAGUCAGUUUAAGUCAAUUCGGUUUGGAUGAUGGCCUCAUCGUGCUCUCUAUGAUUUUGUCCAUAGCGGAGACUUAUGUACAUUGGCAAUACAUUAUAUUCAAUUUUGUAGGGCUACAUAUAUGGGAUGUACCACUCGAUCACGACCCGAUUCCUGGACUCAAAUAUAACUAUGCCGUUCAAGUUCUCUAUAACCCAAUUCUUGCCGUUGUCAAGACUUCCAUCUUGAUGUUCUUCCUCCGUCUCGCAGGGCAGAAGAUUGAAGUCAAACGUAUGAUAUGGGCACUCUUGAUCAUUAAUAACGCUUUGAUGGUUGCUAUUUUUAUCGUAGUCAUCUUCCAAUGUACACCCAUUGCAUAUAACUGGCAAGUUGAUAUUCCCGGAGGCCAUUGUAUUGAACAAGGUGCAUUUUAUGCUGCCACUUCAGUUAUCGCUCUCGUCACAGAUAUUUUGGUUUUGAUUAUUCCAUUCUGGAUCGUCAUUGGAUUGAAAAUGCCCCGGAAAACUAAAAUUGCAGUCAUUGGGAUAUUCUUUCUCGGAAUUUUGGUAACAGUCGUAGGCAUAGUCCGUCUCGUAAUGAUGGUUACCGUCUUUUUCAACCCUCCCCCCGUCGAUUCUACACGAGGCAUCAGCUUUGUAACCUCAGCAAUCGAAAUAAACCUCGCCAUAAUUACUGCAUCUGCUCCUGCUCUCAAACCUGUGAUGCGGCAAUGGUUUCCAAAUCUCUUUGGUUCUUCAGAAGAUGACGUCUAUAAUAAUCAGAACAUCGGACCUUAUGCUUUGCAGGGCAAUAGUAGAUAUGAGCGCGGAACCCGGAACGGAACAGGUUUUAAGAGCUCGCGAUUGAGUAACGGGAAUGGACUGAUCAGAUUGGAGGAUGUACCGGAUAUGCCGGAUGUCAAAGAUGGGAGGACUGAGGAUUCGAAUGGAAUUCAAAGGGAGACGAGCAAGGGAGAUGGAGAUAGUGAUGAUGAAAUUAUGAAAUAUAAUGGGAUUAUUAAGACGACGAGUGUUGGUGUGGAAUAUGGAGAUGGGAAGAGUGAUAUUUCUGAUUCGCAGUAUGCGGGGAGGACUAGUGCGGAGAGUUUAUAG